AUAUACCCAUGAUCCCUUGCAAAGUAACAGUUGGUUGCAACGAGCCUGGUUGUCUUUGGUGCUGCACCAGCAUUUGGAGAUUUUGGAGAUUUGAGCGACUUCCAAAGCGAUUUUUUUUACAGUGAGAAGAAAAGAACUUAUCCAGGAUGGACUCUACAAUCAAUAUGAUCAAGCAAAUAAGAUCUCAGCUUGAGGAGGACAGCAGGAUGGAAACACGUGAGAGGGUUAAGAGAAAGAGGGAGCAAAGCCCAGAGAUAAACAACAAAAGACCCCACCAAAAGACAGAGCGAGCAAGGGAGAGGAGAAGGAGGAAGAGGGAGAGGAGGAGACAGAGGCUCUUGUAUGAGAAGAAGGAAGAGCAAAGGUGGAAAAGACCAAGAAGCAGCGACAGGGAUGAAGCAGAAGAAGGAGAAAGUGCCUGGAAGAGACCACACAUCGACGAAGAAAGAUGUGAUCCACUGGACAUUUCCAGCUACAAUUUCCAUCACGAGCUGGGCAAUGGAUCAUUUGGCAAUGUGAGCAAUACAUGCAUGUUUUAUUUAUCUGCCAUUAAAUAA